AUGGAAAAAAUUGUUGAAGAUUCUCGAAACAAAUACUAUUUCAUUAAUUUAUUCAGAGCGAAAGAGUCUCUACAUAUCUUUAAUUUGCUAACUAGGUACAAGGAAGAAACCAAGAAUGAUAUAUUACGAGAAUUAUUGGACAUUCUUCAACUGGGCGAUCAUAACUUGACUGUCAAUGAGAUUGAAGCUUGUAUGAACGGCAUGCAGGAUGUUACUUUCUCCAAAGAGAUGUCUGUAGCCGCAAAGAUGGAAAAAUUGUGUUUAUUCAUUGAAGCUCUAUUCAGAAAUAGGAAUAUCAAUUAUAGAAAAUCAGAUUAUACUAUUCCCUCAGCAAUAACAUCCAAGUACUCCGUUGCCAACUUUGGAGGAUUCUUCAGAAUCAUCAAGCUAAGCAAGGAAAAAGAGGUCAUGGAUGCAAUCAUGACCAUUUAUUCUGCACAAAACAGGCUUCCUUUAAGUGAAGAAGUAUUACUAUGCAACUCUCACGAAACAGAUAUUGAAGACAUUUAUCUCAUUCUGAAUCGGUGGUUCAAGUCAAGCGCCAAUGGAAAACUUAAUCACAUAUUUUGUAUUGGGAAUAUUCACGAGUUACCAUUUUCUGUUCAAUCGAAAAUGCUGUUACGUAUCCAAGAACAAAUUUCGACCAUGGCUAAAGCAUCAAACAAUCAUGCCAAACUGGUACUACUCAGUGGAGCAGACAGUAAUUCCAGACUCUUGGUAGAAUUUUCGCAAUAUGUAGAUUCAAAUUUCAAAUUACUUCCUCACAAGUACAUAUCAGCGAUUCUCAAGUCAUAUCAUGGUAAUCAUGUGAAAUAUGUAUUCUCAAAUCGUACUGCAGCCGGAAAAACUCGCUACAUACUUAAAGAUAUUUACACGAAUAAGAAGAAGUAUAAGAGAAUUACUGUGCUUGAAGACUCGACAAUCAGGGACACAGUAUUUACUCUUAAAAGAACAGUAGAAAAUAUGGAUAGAAAAGACAUUGCUUUUCACUUUUCUUUAUGCCCACUUGUUCCAAAGCACUUUAACUCUUUGUUUUUGAACUUUUUAUUUGGGUAG